AUGGGCAGGGUCUGCCUCUCCGGGGUCUGGCCGGGGCCUUUCAUGUGUACGGCUGCACUGCGCACCCACCUGCAUAAAAAACAUGUCGGUGAUUUUUUUCGACGUUUCUGCUUUGGAAUCUGCAGUGCGCCUGUGGGCAGGCGAACGGCGUGGUUGGGGAUUUCUGGGAGGGGGUCGGGUUGCGGCGGCAUGGCGUCGGCAGGCGGGGAGGACGGGGAACCUCCCCUGUUCAGCUUCACCAAUGAUGCGACGUUUCCCAACAAAGUGAAGCUCAGAAAAGAAUUUGACCUCUGGCCGGUCGUGGCGACCGUGGGGGGCGACGUGGACGUCCGCCAGCCAGGUUUCGAGCCCAAGUUUAGCGUGAAGGACACCAUCCUGAAGGGCCGUUUCUUUGUGGAGCCAGCAAAGAAAACUGUUGGAUACAGGAAGACCAUCAAUGCCCCUCUGGCAGGCACUGUCGAUUUGCAGGCAGAGGUGUGCUACUGGGGCGCCCUGAAGCCAAAAUGGCAUCUCCAAUAUCGUUUGGGCGGGAUGUGCAAAACAGAUGGCGGUGACACGUUGAAGAUGAGACGGAAAGUUGCCCUUGGAGAAAAACUCGCCUUGGAGUUCCGUGGACACCUGCGCUGGCCAAUGCCAGUUGCUGCUGUUGGCCGAUUGGAGGGACAGUCUGGUUACCGCCUUGGGGAAGAACGGAAUGAGGAAGGCAUAUUCCAAUUCACUCUGGAUGAAGCCAAUGCCUACAUCAACUUUUAG